UGAGCCUUGCCCGCCGCGCCGCCCCCCGCCCCCCCUCCUUUUCUUUUCCUCCCCCCCCCCCUUUUUUUUUUCAUUUCCCCCCCCCUUUGGUUCUCACCCUGGCUGCGAGCAAAGUGUCUUCAUGAGCGCAGAGGAUGUCCGGGAAGCACUACAAGGGGCCUGAAGUCAGUUGUUGCAUCAAAUAUUUCAUCUUCGGCUUCAAUGUCAUUUUCUGGUUCCUUGGCAUAGCAUUUCUUGGGAUUGGAUUGUGGGCAUGGAAUGAAAAGGGAGUGCUGUCCAAUAUCUCCUCCAUCACCGACCUGGGAGGCUUUGAUCCAGUUUGGCUCUUCCUAGUGGUAGGAGGAGUUAUGUUCAUUUUGGGAUUUGCAGGAUGCAUUGGAGCUUUGCGAGAAAAUACCUUUCUUCUCAAAUUUUUUUCUGUGUUUCUGGGAAUUAUUUUCUUCUUGGAGCUCACUGCUGGUGUUCUAGCAUUUGUUUUCAAAGACUGGAUAAAGGACCAGCUGUAUUUCUUUAUAAACAACAAUAUCAGAGCAUACCGAGAUGACAUUGAUUUGCAAAACCUCAUAGACUUCACACAGGAAUAUUGGCAGUGCUGUGGGGCUUUUGGAGCUGAUGACUGGAACCUUAAUAUUUACUUCAACUGCACAGAUUCCAAUGCAAGUCGAGAGCGCUGUGGUGUGCCGUUCUCUUGCUGCACGAAAGACCCUGCCGAAGAUGUUAUUAAUACUCAGUGUGGCUACGAUGCAAGACAAAAACCAGAAGUUGAUCAGCAGAUCGUUAUCUACACUAAAGGCUGUGUCCCUCAAUUUGAGAAAUGGUUGCAGGACAAUCUUACCAUAGUUGCCGGUAUAUUCAUUGGAAUAGCAUUACUGCAGAUAUUUGGGAUAUGCUUAGCCCAGAAUUUGGUUAGUGACAUUGAGGCUGUCAGAGCCAGCUGGUAAAACUGCUGAAGUAACCACAACAAGACACUGGACAACCGAAACCCUCUGAAACCUCCAGUGUGUCGCUCCGACACCAAGCUGUAUGGACAUGGGUGACAGGGAAGCCUUCUCUCCCAAGUAGUCUCAAGUCUAAGUUCCUGAUAUUGCAGUGAACUCAUGUUUCUUUGGGGUGGGGGAGAGAAGAGUGGGCUAUUUUAAAAUCUGCUGCUCACUGACAAUUUUUUUUUUAAACCACCAGUUUGAAAGCUGUUGAGCCGUGAAUCUCUACUGUAUUCUUGAUCUUGAGUAACAAGUGGACACUUUUUUUUAAAUUGGUGUAUUCGGUGGGACAGAGUUGCAUCGUUGUGGUCUGUGGAUAUGCUGUUUAUUCUUCGUAUCAUGAACUCUUCAAUAGCUGCCAAAUAUUCCUAAGUUGGUCUCUCUCCUCACCACUCUGUAAAGGAACAAUCUUCUUGUUUUCACAGCUAAACAUAGCUACAGGCCUAAACCCAUCAAGCAGGAAGCAACUUUCUAUGCAUCUGUUGUACAGUAAAAGAAAUUGUUUUUAAAACAAGGGAAAUUUUUUUUUACGCAAGCUUCCAACCAUCUCCCUGUAGUACUUUGAGGUUGGAAUCAGCAAGCUCACAGGGAGAAUUGGCUAAUUUUAUCAACAUCUUUCUUCCUUAUUCACCCUUGUAUGAAGGGAAAGGAGUUUUAUAUUUGACAAACAAGGGUUGUAGAGCCUUUGGUUGCUGCCAUACCUUAGGACAUCAGUCUCUUAAGGCAAGGAUGGGAUAUAACUGUAUAAAUGUAUGAAAGCAGUGUGGAUGUUGGGUCCAAGUGAAUAAUAUUAUUCAAAGAAUGAAUUAUAUAUUAACUUAAAAAAUCAAAACGUGUAUCUGAUAUGGCUAAAUCUUUUUCUCUGGAUUUUAGUGUAACCUAAUGUAUUUAGGGAUCUCACUAAUAUUAGUGCUUUGAUAUACUUGUGCAAAACUUCUUUUACAGUAAUUUCUUGGUCUGUUCCUAGCUGAGGCUUUGGUCUUUCUUUUUUUUUCUUUUGUCUUUAAUUCUUUUUACUUGCAUGAGCUGUGGAGUAACAACCUGUGACACUCCAGUGCUUUAAAUCUGUGUAUAUGUUUUAAUACAGUCUAAUCCAAACUUAUUUAUUGGAAAAUGCAUGUGAUUAUGGAAAGAUCAUAUCCCUUCCAUUGGAAGUUGGAGAGAACAGCUUUUACCAAGAGUAAAUGCUUACCUCCAGUGAACGAAUCCUUGCUAUGGAGAUUUGUCUCCCUUUGCUCUAAAUGCAACAAAAAGCUUUCUUGAAGCAAUGGAAUAAAAGUUUUAAAAUAGAAGCGCAUGUUGGGAUCAGCCAAGACAGACUCUUUUGAAUUGAACAAAAGAGAGUGGAAUUUGGAAUAAAGCACAAAUAGUGGAAGAAGAAUUAGAUCAGACUCCAUCCAGAUUUGAGUUUUUGAUUCAUUCUUCUUCACUAAUAAUAGUGAACUUACAAACCUGACCAUGGCUUGGGUAGUUUUAUUGCACUUUGUAUAAAUUUAGCUUGUUGUAUGACCCUUCUCAGUAUCUGCAGAACCAGUCCUGAAAGCUGUGAGCUCUCAGCUCCUGCUUUGGUCAGACAGUGGUAAAGGGUGUGUAGCACCUCUUUGUAAGAGCUUAGCAUCUUUCUGAGAUGAGUUUCCUAAAAUGAAAUAUGUGGAGUAGAAGAGAUGAAUGCAUUGCUUUCAGAGCUUCCCUGUUCUGGGGGUCAGAUAGAAGGCUGGUCUGACAACCUAUUAAGGUCCUUUCUGGUCCUUUGACUCUUAAACAUGUGAGUAUAUGUACCCUUGCACAUUUUGCCUUUCUGUGCUUUAGUCGGCCUGUGGUUUUUUCCCUUCUGAAGGCUAGUGGUAGGCACACCGGUGCUCCACAGGUGCCUCAGGCAGUCCGGUUGUCCUCCUGUCCUUGAGCAUUACCUCAUCUUCUUCUGGUUAACUCCCACUGACUGGCUCUGAAUCAGGCAGCCUCCAUAUCCUUUGGUAUCUGCUGUUAAAGGCCAGCCAUGACUCAGAGUAAAUUUUUUUUUUUUAAAGCCUUUGGAAGCAAUUAUAAUUCACUGUCCUUAAUAAAGUUGGUUCCACCUCACCACAGUGUUAUGUUUUUCUUAGCCACUCCUCAAUUUGAGGAGUUACUGGUGUUUGUUUCCCCCCCAAAGGGACACACUGUUUUGCCCGAUAGCAGCAGGACAGACAGAUCAUUAGCACCAAUGUUGCUGCACUGAGACAAAAUGGUAUGGGGAGAAAUGAGGGAAGCAUGGUUGGGGAAGUAACACUUCUACCCAAGAGCCUUGAUUGUGACUGAGCCCUUUGGUUUGGAGAAAAGGAAAAAAAGCCUGCAUUACAGAAACAUUCCUUGUUGCCACUGAUCUUGAAUACUGCUGUUGCUGCUGUGGGCUUCUGAAGACAAUUUCAUUCUUCUACUUGAAUUUCUGCAGUUGUACUGUGUUGGCCUUCUGUCUUGUCAUGCUGUUCUUUGAGUUCCAGUCUGCUGGAUGUGCUCUUGGCAGUGCCAGACUGAUAGGAAGGUAAACGCUCUAAGGUGAGCAAAUCUUGUUCUCACUAUUUGCACGUGUACAUGCAAAUGUGCAACACUUCUGCUGAGUCCCAGAGCGACUGUUCUUAUAAAAACCACUAAAUAACUUAUUUUUCUAGACCUUGUCUUUAUUGCUGCAGAUGCUGAUUCCCCCCCCUUUCCCUGUUCCAAAGAGAUGCUCUUAUUUUCUCAUUUUUGCAGUUGUUUGAUGGAUGCAUACCGAAUGUUCUGGAUUAGCUGUCUAUAUUGCACAUUUAAAUACCACAUUUUUUGUCUACAGAUCAGGUAAGAUGUCCUAGAAAUGCCCCAUCAGCAGCUACUUAGCAGCUUAGGUGUUCAGGUUGGAAAGCUUGUGGGAGGCCUUGGAAAUCAAUCUGUUAUUGUCAGAGCCUGCCAAAUGCAAGCAAGGUUUCUUCCAGAAAACUUUGCAGCUCACCUGAAGUUUUCACAACUAGAGCACAUCUGCUGGCUACACGGGCUCAUUUUUUAAAGCAAUAAGAUAUGGUAGGUGGUAUGACUUCUUGGCAAUUUCUAGCCUGCCUGGUGUGGUGGUGGGGUAGAUGUGAGCUCAGGGGUCAGUCUAAUUAUCUUUAAUGUGCAGUAGUUGUUCAGAAACUUGUUGUCAGGCUUAUGGCCUGUGGAGUGUGAAACAGCUCUGCUGGGUGAUUUGUAUGGGAUGGUGGCGUUGCUAACGAGAGGUCCGGUAGCUUCAGCAGUAGCCCUGGCCUUAAAGCCAUUUCUAAAUUCCCUGCUGAGCCCUGCCAAAGGGCAUCAUGGUCCUCGCUCCUCUCUGCUUUCUAAAUACUCUCCAUAUUCACAGGCCUUUCUGUUGUUUGAGAUCUUUAUUUUUUUUCCUUAUUAAUAGCCUAAUGGGCAAACGUUUGAUUUGUCUCUGUGUGUCUGUUUCAGUAGCAGUAGGAUCUCUUUGCUUCAAAAUCCGUAAUUUUGAUUGUGCCGCUUAGAGUUUGAAGCUGUGGAGAUGCUUGCUCUCAAGUGUACUCUGUCCUGAAAGCCGCCUUCUCUCCCCUGUGAGAGAGAUGCUAAUUGUAGUUCUGCUGUGUAAAUAGUGUUCGAAAUGUAAAUAGUAGCAUGCAGAUUAAACGAUUCUUGCACAUGACUGCUUUUCACCCUGAAAGUGUUUGUCGUAGACCCGCACAGCGCCCACCGUGAGAGUUCGCUGAUGGCAGCUGGGCGGGCGGUCAGGCUUUACCUGGCCCCGGAGGAGGCGGGAGCGCUUUCGUCGCCUGCCAUCUAGUGUCUGCCCGGCGGGCGUGCAGCAGGCGCCCGGGGCAGGUGGAACCCCGCCAGCCAUUCGGGCUCUCCUUAGUAGCAGGACCUCCCUUGCCUUUUCGCCUCGCUAUUGGCAUCAGAACGGCGUUCGACUGUAACGUGGAGGGUCGGAGUCGGCACCCCCUACCACUUCUGGGAGGUUGCCAUCACCUGUGGCAGGACUAACCAUGGUGCUAUAAGAACUGUCCUGGAUGUUAAUCUGUGUUUUUACUACUUUAGAGAUGCCCUUGGUAAAAUUGAUGCCGAUUAACAAUGUUGGCUUCAAGAGAAACUCCCGCGCGAAUUUUUGAGUCCCUUUCCCUUCUUGCUGUGUGUGCCUUUUGGGUGCAUUGAAAAGGCAGUUCUGCAAAUACCUAGGAAGGAGAUUAGAUCUUAAGAGGUGUCAAGCACUGUUGAAGGUUCCAGUUACUCCCUCCCGUUUUUGUUUUAUCUCUGAAGCUUUUUCAGAUAUCUUUAAUUGGUCAUGAAACUGUCUAAAGCAAACAAAACUACCCUCUUGGAUCCAUUAGCUACCGAAUUUUGCCACUUGGAAGAAAAGAUAUUAAAAA